AUUUAGAACACAGCAAGGUUAUCAAGCAAAGCAAGGUCGGCACUUGGGCGAGACCCCAGUUGCAGGGUGUAAAACAGCCUCAACCCACACCAGGUCCCGCCAGCGGCCCGCCCUGCAGCCCCUCCGCCUUCCCAGCUCUGCCCACCUCGGUACGCCAGCAGCCCGCGACCCCAACCGCCGCGACACCCACCGCAGCCACGCCUACAACCUCAUGGGCUGCCGCCGCGGCCGGCCCCGGUUCCGGUGUCACCUCAAUUCACGCGCCUUCCCCCGCCUUCGCCACGCCCAGCGCCGCACCCACCCCCAGCGGCGGCGGCGGCGGCAGCGCCCGCCUUAAAGGCGCCUGGGCACAAGGCCCCUUGGGGUCCAUGAGCCAAAAGAAGCAGGCGGCCCUAGACGAAAGGAUGCGAGGCAAGACGACGCCUCAAUCAGUGCCGCCGCCGCUUGCGUCCGGGGUGUGGGCUGCUGGCAGCCCGGCAGCUUCUGUUGGCAGCGCCGGCAGCGCCAUGACGGGUGGCGCUGGCGGCGAUGGGAGGACGGGCGGACGUAACGGCGGGCGACAGCAGCAGCAGCAGGCGACGACGCCCACUUGGGGAGGUCCGGGACAGGGACAGGGGCAAGGGCACCAGCGGGAUGGUGGUGGCGGCGGCAGCUCGGCAUGGGGAAAUGCACCAGGCCCGCAUGCGUACGGAAAAGGAGGAGGCCCGCCGGGCGCAUGGGGAGGGGGCAGCAGCGGCCUCUCCGGAGUUGUCUCGCCCGCCACUGGCAACGGAAACCAUCAGCACUCGGCGAAGCAGCAGCAGCAGGGUCAGCAGCCGGCGCAGGCAAGCGGUGGCAUUAAGCGCAUUGUGCCGAAGCCCGUACAGCAGCAGCAGCAACCCGGCUCAGCUCCCGGUGCAACACCUGGUGGGGGUGUCGGGUCUAAGCACGGCCCGCCAGCUGUGGUUGAAGGCGGGUCAGCAGCUGCUGGUCCCAGCGGCAGCAGCCCUGCCAUCAGCGGCGGCACCCCGAGCGCAUGGGGGCUAACACUGCACACAUCCAAGCAGCGGCAGCGCCAACAAUACCACCAACAGCAGCAGCAACACCAGCAGCAACCUGUGCCCGGAAUGGGCGUGGGCAAGGAGACGCCCUCAGCCCAGGGAGCCGCAGCUGCUGCUGAAGACGGCGGCGAGCCCUCGACGCCCUGCAGCGGGCCUGGCGGGUCCCAGGGCCUGCUCUUCGCCGCUUCGACACCCGCUUCCAUAGCCCUUACACCUGCGACGCCGCGCCCGUCGCUGCCUGCACCCAUAGCACCCCUCCCACUACCCAUCGCUCCUGUAGCAGCACCCAAGCCGGUCCCGGGCGGCGGAGAGCCCGUCACCCCCGUGGAGCAAACCGUACCCGCCGUCAGCGGAAGCCUCAGUCGCCAGGGAAGCGCCGUGUUCGAUUCCUCACACCGCAUGCCCUUCACCAGCCCACCCUCAGUAACCUCCUACCCGAAAGGGCGACCGCCGACUGCGCCUCCGCCCCAGCCAUCACAACCACAUCCGCAGCCAGCUGUUGGUCAUGCGGGGG